CAUUCCCCAUUGGGAACCAGCAGGAAACUGGACAGCAUAAAGAAAGUUAAUUGCUUUAACAUGCAACCGAACUAUUGAAAGGAAAUCAAUAUAACCCCAACCCAGACUACUCCAGCAAAAGCAGUCAUUAAUCAGAACAAAGAAGAGACCUAGCUGGCAGGAAGAUACAUAGGAAGUUUCCAACAAGUGUUGGCACCGUGGGCUCCGCUCUAGACAGUUAGUACCAGUUGCCAGGCUCUGCUUGUGCUCACUUCUCGCCUCCCUCCGCAGCACACAUGUAAUACGAAACCUCACAUCUCCAGAACGACCAACAACAAAAAAAGAGCUCAGGCAGAGACAGCAGCUGGCUGUCAGCAGCAGAGUGGAGAGGGGCCAAGCGAGGAAAGAACCCCAAGCCAGAGAGGGGCAGAAUGGGGGGAGAGAGACGUGAAGUUUAAGAAGAAAGAAAAAUAACAACAGGAGGAGGAGGACAGUCCCGCAGCACUGUUGUGGUACAGCUGUGUGAAUGCCAAGUCAUAAUAAGAAGUUUUUACUCCGUGUUGCAAAGGCAGGAAAUGUGGACAUUCCGAUUUUCUCCUGUAAUGAGCUCCAAAGUCUUGCCCCUGUUGCCAGAAGAGCACUGGCUCCUGCUCUCAUGUUCCUGUUCCCAGUGAAUGUACUACUGAGGGAGGUCAGCUGCAAAGAGAUACACAGAGAUGGAGAAACUGUGACAUGAAGAGACUGAUUUGUCUAAGGUUAAACAGUCCAUUGGUGGCAAUGCUUGCUAUAGAAUCUAGGAACCCAGUUUCCAGUUGCCUUCUCUAACCCCCAACAACAUUCUAUCCUUGGAAAGUAAACUGCCAGUUAAAGUGGGGACUUCAAGCCAGAUGGGGACUGCAUCUCCGGUAUCGUACAGAGAUCACCAGCGGCCAAACUGGUUUCUUCUUAUCAUCUGAAAUGCUGUAAAGUAACGGAGUGAGAAUAACAUCAGCUACUUUCCUUUGUAAACAAGAACAGAGUAAUGGAACUGUAUCUUUCACAGAGAGGUAUCCCUUUUAAUAAUUCUUUGCUCUGAUCCUCUGUACCACCUUUCAUCUGUUACUGUAAGUCUUCUGCAGCUUCUUUGAAAAACAAGCGUACUAAAUGAAUUAAUCUUUAUAACUCUUUUGUGAUGUCAGUAAGUAUCAUCACCCUUGCUUUAUAGAUAAGGAAGUUGAGGCCCCCAGAGAAGUUAGGUGAUUUGUUCAAGGUCACAAAGUGAAUCAGUGCUACGAAUAGAACCCAGUCCUUCCCAUGUGCUAAUCCUGGAAAAAUCCUGGCCCCACUGAAACCAAUGGGAGUUUUACCACUGGUUUCGAUGGGAGUAAGAUCAAGUCCAAGGUUAGUUCUGAGCAAACAAUUUAUAUAAUUGGUGGAAUGGAAGACUGACAGUUUUUUGGGGGGGGGGGUUGGAGGGAGGGAGGAGAAUAAGUGGAAGAGGGAAUUCUGCAAAGUUGUUUGGUUCUGUGAUUAUAAAUCCUGAAACGCUGUGAAUUUCUGGAGCUAGCAUCUCACUUAGUAGAGUGGAAAAGUAUUUACUCCCUUGUUGGCAGCCAGAUACUUCACUGCUGACUGCAGUUCAAACUUUCUCCCUAUAGAGUGUUCAAAUCAAGAUAAACAAGCAACAUUCCUUGCAACUUUUACACAUCAGACUCCUUCACCCCACAAUGGUGUUAGGUAGCCUGACCUACAGAACACCCAUUGCUGAGGAAAGAAAGUCAAGCCAGGAUCCUGGUCAACCUAUAUAGACUGAACCCUACAUUAAGCCAUACAGUGUUACACUCAUGCUACAGUAGCAAUUCUACACUUCACACCAAAACUCUGGAGGCCUAGCUCAUAUCAUACUAGCAACUCACUCCCCAGCCCAGAGCAGGGCACAAAAACAUUUCUGACAGACUGUUUGCUGUGGAAUCUUCCAGGCAGAAAGACACAAUCCGCAGGGACAAAACAAAGUGUUUUACCUCUAAAGCAACGAUCAGAGAGCACAGACUGUUUUGCGUCUCCUCACACCUUCCAUUUGUUGGACUGGAAAUCAAACAGACAUACAGACAUAGACUCCUGUAACAGUGUGUGAGGUGGAAGAAAAGCCACUAGUGGAACAGUUCACUUUAAGCAUGGAGAUCAAUCCUGGAAAGAAAUAUUUAACCCUGGUUUGUGCAAUGGCCAUUGUAGCCUAUAGGGCUAGCUUACCUUUAUUACAUUCACGGCUUUGCCUUCAUUCUGCCUUUAUUAUAUUCAGCAAUAAUGCAAGGAACCUACAGGCCUGUAUCUUUUAAGACUUUAGCUUCCGCAGUUAUCAUCAGACUUGGGGCCUAUAAACUCUGGCACAGGUAAAUGGUCCAAUGAAAAACCCCAAGUAUUGGUGAGCUGAAAGAGUGUUUAAGGAGAAAUCCCACACAAGAGUGUCAUUAGCGAUGAAUUGAUGUACAUGAUAACUGGUACAUAAGCUACCGCGCAUUCUGAACCACAAGGGUGCCAAGGCAACGAAUUUACGUAUAUGAUAAUAAAUUGAGAUCACUGAUAUACUAAACCUAUAGGAGGAGGACACCAAACAUUAGCAAGUGUAAUACAACUUGAACAGUGCUGGCCAGGAUGUCUUCUGAAGGCUUUCUGAAUGAAAUACAGACCAUUGGUGAGAAAUUCCUGCUUAAGCUCCAGAAACUGCCCAAGGCUGAACCUGUGGAGAUAGUGUCAUUUUGUAUUAUCCUCUUCUUUAUCGUUACUGUGCUGUCACUGAUGAUCAUAGCCUGCAGCUGUUGCUGCUAUCGCAAUGGAGGCCCUGAUCAGAGAGGCAGGAAGAUCCAGAUCCAGCCAACUGCUCAUGUGUGAAAUGCAUCAGGAGAAGAAAGUGAAAGAGGAUACAGGCAGCCAGUGUGGUUGAAUCGCCUGGGAAUGACACUCUCUACACUAACUCUCUGAACGGGUUGGUGGGAGUAAAUAAGAAUAUGCUGCAGAGGAGGCAAGUGGAUCAUAAGAUGGGUUAGGUGGUUCUGCAAUGAUCACUGCCGGGGUCUGUGAUGUGGUGACACAGGUAACACUAUUCUGACAUCCUUGUCCCCUUGCCAUAGCCAGAUACAAAAACAGACUUUUUCUCAACGCGAACAUUGCAGCUGGGCAAGCAGCAAAUUCCAACAGGCUCCCUCUUUGUGAGCCAAGAGCAGCAAACCAUGACGAAGACCACAUGCAGACUGCCCCAGGGUUAGGAAGGUCCCCUGCUCUCUUGAUAACUGACCUAAUCCAGAGAGGUGGUGCUGGGCACCAGCAACUCCUACUGUCAUCACUGGAGAUGUCCAUUACCAGCACCCCUCAGGAUCAAACCCAAAGUAAGUAUGGCUUUUCGUUCCCUGUCCUACUGUCUUUAAAACCAUGAGUAGUAGAGUACGUGAAAUUUAACAGACAUCCACUCAGAGCACAGCAUGACAUUGACUUUCAGCUGGCGCGUGAGCUCAGAGACUGGAAAUACAGUUGGCAUCAAAUGCUCCCUGCUUUUAUUUUUCUCAGCGUUACAAAGACAAGAAAACUGCCAAAGAGGAAACCAAUUAGACUAUGUGCAAUAUCCAUUGUAUACUAAAAGGAUGAAGGCAAGAGGAGAAAACCCUAACACAAAUUGUUUUGUUUGCUUGCCCUGCCAGUAAUCAUUU